UAGAGUGGGUGCACGUAGAGGAGGCGGGUGCGCGCUCGCACUUCCCCUCGCGCACGGCUGAGUAGCGGCGCUUGCGUAUUUGCGUAAGGAGUGCUGGCGGUUAACGGCCGCCGCGCCGCGGGAUAAUUCGAAACGGGGAGGGAGCGAGCGCCGAGCGGCUCGGGCCGAUCUUCACAAAUUAAGCACCUUAGGAAAAACAAAUCAUGACAAGACGUGAAGCAUUUCUACAAGUUGUAUCUACAGAUACUGUUGAAGAGUUUGUGCAUUAUAUGCAGCUUCAUAAGGAUCCAUUUGAUCCAUUUGAUCUGAAUGAAUUGCUUCAGGAAUUACCAAGAAAACAGAAGGAAGCAUUAUGGGAGAGGCUGACGCAUCUAUUAACACACAUUUUGGUAAAGAACCCAGUGGAAGGAUGGCAGAGGAUUGAAGAUGAAAGUGAUGAUGAUAUGGAAAUAGAGGAAAGUCCAAAAAUGAAACAAAUGAUAGCUGUGAUCCAAGGGGUGACAACUGUAGUUACUGCUUCGAUACCUGUAGUAGAUGAAAAUAUAAACUACAAAGCUCUUCUAGAAUGUGCUCUAAUAUUAAAUGGUGGGUAUUUUUCUUAAUGUGGAGUUUUAUAUAGUAUGCUGAUUUUAGGCAGCACUUUAGUACACUCGUCUGCUGCUAAUGGUUGAGUCUUCUUGUUUUUGUUGUGAUUUGAAUAAAAGGGUGUACUUUGGUGCCAGAGACACUGAUAUUUUGGCCUGCAGGCCUUAUUUACUAUGACAGCUUACUGUGAAGUAUGGCAGGCAGGGAGUUGCAUAUCCUAAUUUGGAUUC